UUGCCCUCUUCUUCUUUCAUUUCCUCGGCGGCUUUUCGUUUUUAUAAUAUAACCACGUUGUUUACCAUUUUAAUCACUGAAAUCAACGACCAUGGCCACUGAAACGGCCUCUCCGAGCAUUCAGUUGGGCGACUACAUCGUCAUCCAGCGCCAGAAGUACACAAAACUGCAGAAAUUCGGCAGUUUGGACACCACAGCCACUCUGGGCAAGGAGACACUGGAGCUGAAGUCGCUUCUGGACCAGCCCUAUGGCUCCACAUUUAAGAUGAGCGUUAAGGAGACGAAGCCCGGCAAGCGCGGAGCACAGCGCCAGCAUACGCUGGAGCUGUGCAGCGAAACGGAGCUCAAUAGCACGCGGGAGGCCCUGGGAAUCUCCAGCAGUGGAGCGGAUAACCGCGAUAUCUGCGACAAUGGAGAGGCGCAGUCCCUCAAGUCGGCGGACAUUGAGCAACUGCGUGAGGAGUGCAACGAGUCCAGCAAGAUCAUUGAGAAGCUGGUGGAGAACUCGAAGACCUUCCACAACCGCACGGAGUACUCCCAGGAGAAGUACCUGCGCAAGAAGGAGAAGAAGUACUUCGAGUUUGUCCAAAUCCGACAGCCCACGAUCCGACUGAUGUUGGACAUCUUCUACCGCCAAGACGCUGAGAAGAUCAUGGGCAUUCGCGUAGACACGCUUUCGCAGAUCAUCUCAUACUCGGGAGUCUGCGGACUUGGGAGUUAUCUCCUCUACGAAAGCGGGACCAAUGGCCUGCUGCCAGCUGCUAUGCUGAACUCCAUAGGAGCGGGUACGGAGGGCAGCCUGGUUCACAUGCAUCCUGGCAAUGUGCCACAAAAGCAGGCACUUUUGGCCCUAAAGCUCCCCCUGGAACAGCAGCUCAGAUGUGUGUCGGUUAAUUUGUACUCGGUUUUAAGGGAGUUCUACCAGGGAGGUGAAACGAUAGGCUCGAAUCUUUCUGUCACAGAGCCUACAGAAGUUGUGAGGGAGGAAACCCAGCCGGAGACACCCACUGAAGAUCAGCCGGAGGCGAUCGAACCGAGCACCAAAAAACCCAAGCUGGAGGAGGUUAAGGGAGAAGCAAACAAGGGUCCUCCACGGUGGCAGCUGGAGAACAAGCGAGCCACUGCUCUUAUGCACAACAAAUUUGAUAGUCUUGUCUUGGCAGCCAAGGAGCAUCCAUCUAGCAUUCUGCAGGCCCUGCUGCCCCUCGUCAAGCCCUCACGACCUGUGGUGGUGUUCAGCACCUGCAAGGAGCUGCUCCAGGAGACGUACAUGGAGCUAAAGACCUCCGGAAAGGUGACGGGUCUGCAUCUCACCUCGAACUGGAUGCGCACCUACCAGAUCCUGCCGAACCGGACACAUCCGGAGGUAAACAUGAGCGGAAAUAGCGGCUAUCUGCUGACGGGAUAUACGCUAAGAUAGUUGUUUGACUGCCAAAUACAUGUAAGCGUUUGUUUUGAUAA